AUGCCGGCUGUGUUUGAUAGACCUUUCUUCUUAUACAUCUCCGCCAUAUCUCAUGCUCUAGCAGCAUUGCUAGCUCGGUGUGAUGAUGAAGAUCGAGAGAGAGCUGUCUAUUACAAGUCAAUUAAGGGACAGGUUAUCGCCGAGCAGUUGGUCGAUGCUCCCUCGAGCAAAUCUUUUCCCACCCUAGACCUCUUGCCCAACGAGGACGUCUUGAUCGUUGAUCAAAACCCUGUAUGGGACUUGUAUUUUGACGGUUCAAGAUGUCAAACUGGUUUCGACACAGGUGUAGUCUUUGUUUUACCUGAAGGAAAAUUGAUUCCCCUUUCAUUCCGCUUGGAAUUUCAUUCCUCCAAUAACAUUGCUGAGUAUGAGGCUCUGAUUGCAAGACUUCGUGCCACGAUUGCCAUGGGUGUGAAACAUAUCCGCAUCCAUGGAGAUUCCGAACUCAUUGUAAAUCAAGUGACAGGUGCUUAUCGUGUGAAACAACUGAAGUUGUCUCAGUAUAAGGAUUUAGUUCUGACUAUACUGAAACAAUUCACUACUCACACGAUCAAUAGCAUCCCUUGGAGAGAAAAUCGUCACGCAAAUGCAAUGGCAAGCGCGACUUCCCUUGUAGGCCCCGAUUUUGGCCAGGAUGAGUACCACUUUGUGACUGGAAGCUUUCCCGAAGACACUAGUAAAAGUUCGCGUGUGCGAAUUCGGAAAUUAGCUACUCGUUAUAUCCUCUUAUCUGACAUAUUAUACAGGAGAUCAUAUAAUGGUCUUCUUUUGCGAUGUUUAACAAAAGCCGAGAUCCCUGUGGCCCUUCAGGAAGCCCAGUCGGGUUCUGGAGGUGGUCAUUUUGGUGGUAAAUCUUUGGUGUACAAACUUAUUCAUAUGGGGUACUAUUGGCAAACGAUGGAGCAAGACUCCUUCACUUUUGUUAAGAAAUGCCCUCAAUGUCAACAACACAGCAACUUGAUUCGAGCCCCCGCACAGCUACUCCGUAGUCAAGUCUCUCCGUGGCCUUUUCAGACUUGGGGACUAGAUAUUAUCGAUAAAAUAUCUCCUCCGUCGUCUAAAGGUCAUAUCUUCAUUAUUACCGCCACAAAUUACUUCACGAAGUGGGUUGAAGCAGUACCACUGCGUUCGACUACUGCUGGCAUGAUUUGUGGUUUUAUCACGGAUAACAUCAUUUCUCGAUUCGGUAUACCUACUACCCUCAUUUCUGAUAAUGGAACGAUGCCCUAUAACCUCAUGUAUGGCGUUGACGCCAUCACGCCCCUCGAAUUGGAGAUCCCCUCUUUACGUAUCUCCUUAAAAGGGGUUAUCGAUGAUGAUUCUUAUCGCACUCUUCGUCUGAAUAUUGAUGAUGAUUCUUAUUGCACUCUUCGUCUGAAUAUCGAUGAUGAUUCUUAUUGCACUCUUCGUCUGAAUCAGCUGGAGCUGUCAGAUGAGCGCCGCUUGAAGACCCUUCAACAUCUCCAGGCUUAUCAGAAAUCUCAAUCUCGUCAGUAUAACCAAAGUGUGCUUCCUAGAACGUUCCAAAUAGGUGACUUGGUCCUCUAUGAGAACCAGAGAAAUGUUAAUGCGCCACCCGACCAACGUGAAAAGUUUAGUCCGAAUUAG